AAGGGGCCAUAGGACCCUGGGCGGUUUCUCUUUUCCGUCGAGUGAAACGUCUGAAGUUGCUUCUGAGGGAUCACCUUGACUGGCCGUCAAGUUCAGCACCGCCCCAGUCAUAGGAUCAGUUGCCGUUGAGAUGGGGACCAGCCAGUCGGUGUGCUUCCCACCUGUCUCAGGACCCCACCUUGUAGGCUGUGGGGAUGUGAUGGAGGGUCAGAGUCUCCAGGGGAGCUUCUUUCGACUCUUCUACCCCUGCCAGGAGUCGGAGGAAACUGUGGAGCAGCCCCUGUGGAUCCCCCGCCCUGAGUACUGCGCUGGCCUGGCCGAUUACCUGCGGUUGAAUAAGCGCUGGGUGGGGUUGCUGUUCAACCUGGCUAUGGGAUCUUGCCGCCUGCCUGUUAGCUGGAACGGCCCCUUUAAGACGAAGGACUCUGGAUACCCCUUGAUCAUAUUUUCCCAUGGCCUUGGAGCCUUCAGGACGUUGUAUUCAGCCUUCUGUAUGGAGCUGGCCUCCCGUGGCUUUGUGGUUGCUGUGCCAGAGCACAGAGACCAGUCAGCUUCGGCUACCUAUUUCUGCAAGCAGGUCCCAGAGGAGAAUCAGCCCACCAAUGAGUCACUAGAGGAGGAAUGGAUCCCCUACCUUCAAAUUGAGGAAGGGGAGAAGGAAUUCCAUGUUCGGAAUCCCCAGGUGCAUCAGCGCGUAGGAGAAUGUGUGCGGGUAUUGAGGAUCAUGCAGGAAGUCACUGCUGGGAGGACUGUCCUCAACAUCUUGCCUGGAGGGUUGGAUCUGAUAACCUUGAAGGGCAGCAUUGACUUGAGCCGCGUGGCUGUGAUGGGACAUUCAUUUGGAGGGGCCACAGCUGUUCUGGCUUUGGCCAAGGAAGCCCAGUUUCGAUGUGCUGUGGCCUUGGAUGCUUGGAUGUUUCCUCUGGAGCGUGACUUUUACCCCAAGGCCGGGGGCCCUGUGUUCUUUAUCAAUGCCGAGAAAUUCCAGACAGUGGAGAGCGUCAACUUGAUGAAGAAGGUUUGCACCCAGCACAAGCAGUCCAGGAUCAUAACUGUCCUUGGUUCUGUUCAUCGGAGUCAAACGGACUUUGCUUUUGUGACGGGCAACUUGCUUGUGAAAUUCUUAUCCACCCAAAUCCGUGGGAGCUUGGACCCCUAUCAAGGUCAGGAGAUUAUGGUGCGGGCCAUGCUGGCCUUCCUGCAGAGGCAUCUUGACCUGAAAGAGAACUAUGAUCAAUGGAACGACCUCAUCGAAGGCAUUGGACCGUCCCUCAUCCCGGGGGCUCCACACCAUCUGUCUAGUCUGUAGGCUCAACUGGCCAUUUGUAAAAGGUCACUCGAGCUGAGCUUCCCGGGGCCACCCAUAGCCUGUCAGGAGGGGUCCACAGGACUCUCUUUCACUGACUGAGAGGAUUAAUCACCCUGCUGAUUGGAUAGCUGGGUUCUUUGAUCUUGGACUUGUUGAUCUUAAACUCACGUUGUGACAGGGAUCAUUAACUGAUGGACAAAGUGAUUCUGUGGGACCCUGAUGGUGUGGGGAACAAGCAGUGGGGGGGUGGGGGGAGCGAGGGGAGAGCCGGGCCCCAGGCUGAGCCCUGUGGAGCCGGGAGGUGAAGACUCAGCCCCUACCCGGCCCAGCCUCCUGCCUCACCUUGGGCCAGUGCUGCUUCCUCUGUGGCAGAGCACAGAGGGAGACCUUCAGGGCUUCCUGCCUGCCUGGCACUUCCUCUCCCCGCCUCUCCACCUUCUCCCUCCCCAGGGCCACUUGGUGACACAGGCACUGUAGGUAAUUUUCAAGGAUACGGGCCAUCACCAGAUUUGCCAUUUAUUUUCAGUUUUUCUCAUUGCGUGAAGCCUAGUUCUGGGCCUCAGUUAUACCUCCAGCCCACGGAGGUGGGUGGUAUUGUUCUGACAGGGAGAGUCUCUGCAGGACAAAGGGGUGCCUCAGAGUUCUGGGUGUUUGAGGGUUUUGCCAGGAAGCAAAUGAGCAAGUUGGUUUGGGCAGAGAGGAGAGUAGUGCUGUCACCGUUAGCACAGGACUUGCCACAGAGGGAGGUAGUUUGGUCAGCUCAGACUCCGAGGCCACUCCUAGAGAAGUCUAGGAUCAGCUCAGUUUUGCCUGUUACCUCAGAUAACUUGAACCACCAACCUGCUCAGAAGCAGGGCGCUUUAGUGGUCUUUCUUCUUUGCCUCAGGAUCUGAGGCAAAAAAAAAAAAAA